CUAAAAAGAAAAAGAAAAGAGGGACACAUGGGAAUCGAACCCUCAACGUCCAAGUCCAACUUGAAUGUUUUGCCACUUGGUGGACUGACACCGAAAGGUCUUCACACAUCUCUCACGUCCAUCUCACCUUCAGUUUCCCUGCUGUUGCUGCUGCUGCUGCUGCUGCCACCGGAGUCAUCUGCUGUUGUUGCCGGACCAUCUGUUGUUGCUGCCGGACCAUAUGCUGCUGUUGCCACCGAACCCAUCUGCUGCUGCUAUUGCUGUUCAGCCAAAGCCAUCUGCUCUAAUGCUGCUGCCGGCUGCCACCACCGGACCCAUCUGCUGCUGCUGUUGCCGCCGCUGAACAGCCAAAGCCAUCUACUCUGCUGUUGCUGCUGCUGCUACUGCUGCUGCUACUGCUACUGCUACUACUGCCACCGGAGCCUGCUGUUGCUGCUGCUGCUACCGCCACCGGGGCCUGCUGCUACUACUGCUGCUACCGCCACCGAGGCUUGCUGCUGCUACCGCCACCGAGGCUUGCUGCUGCUACCGCCACCGGAGCUUGCUGCUGCUGCUGCCGCCGCCAAACAGCCUAAGCCAUUUGCUUUGCUACUGUUGCCGGAGCUAUUUGAUAUUAAUUGGUGGGGAAUGGGGAUCCCGCGGCGAUCCCCAUUCCCCGUGAGAAACGGGGACAAGGGGCAAAAUCUGCUCCCUGUCAAAAAUCCCUGCACGGAUUCCCGUCCCCAUGCUUCGUGGGAACGGGGAUGGGGAAGGGGUCCUGGCCCCGCAGGGCCCGUUACAUCCCUAUGCAUGACUAAUGUCCAAGUGCUGCUUUUGCGUCAUUGCUUACGUUUUUGUUUUGUGCAUCAUGUUAAAAUGAGAUUUGCCAGAGAUUAGUGCAAGGUUCCAGUGAAACAACAAUAAUGCAUCUUUUCUAUG